CGAAUCGGAACCCACCAAAGCAAACAACAAGCUAUCAAACCAAGUCGAACAUGCACGCUUUCAAGGUCUUCGCCAUGCUGUUCUUCAGCUCCGCGCUCGCCGCGCCAGCGCCAGCGCCAGCGCCAUGGUUCCCUGGCUGUACCUCAACAGGAGCAUCCUGCACCGCCGACAACCAAUGCUGCGGAGGACCGGGUGUCUGCUACAACGAUUACGACAUCGAACUUCAGACCAACUUCAAAUGCCACGAUGACGCUCCAGCCUGAGCCGCCUGUUGCAGGCGGGGAUGGCUUUCCGACGCUAUCCUUGGACCUCACCGCCUUCAAGGAGUGCUCUUUUGGCUUUUGCGCGAAUUGUUUUCAUUAGCUAUGUGUUCAGGAGGGAGGAUGCUGGAACUCGCGAAUUUUGUUCAGGAGGGAGGAAGCUGGUACUCGCGACUUUCGCUCAUGGUUAUCCUGGCUACCGGGUGACAGCAGAAUAGCAACAAUGACAAAAUAUCGCUAUUCUUGGACCUCACCGCCUUCAAGGAUUGCUCUUUUGGCUUUUGCGCGAAUUGGUCUCAUUAGCUAUGUGUUCAGGAGGGAGGAUGCUGGAACUCGCGAAUUUUGUUCAGGAGGGAGGAAGCUGGUACUCGCGACUUUCGCUCAUGGUUAUCCUGGCUACCGGGUGACAGCAGAAUAGCAACAAUGACAAAAUAUCGCUAUUCUUGGACCUCACCGCCUUCAAGGAUUGCUCCUUUGGCUUGUGCGGGAAUUGUUUUCAUUAGCUACAUGAGGAUGCUGGUACUCGCGACUUUCGCUCAUGGUUAUCCUGGCUACCGGGUGACAGCAGAAUAGCAACAAUGACAAAAUAUCGCUAUUCUUGGA